GCAUCACUUCCAAUACUUUUCCUCUUACUCCUCUUCUUUGAUCUGUAAGUAUCAGUCUUUUCAAGAUUCAAGAAAUGACUUCGAAUUCUACAUGGAGGCAAAACAAGCUGUUUGAGAAUGCGCUAGCUAUCUACGACAAAGACACCCCUGACCGGUGGCAAAACAUUGCAAAGGCCACUGGCAAGACGGUGGAGGAAGUGAAGAGACAAUACCAGUUGCUCGUCGAUGAUGUAGAACAAAUUGAGUCUGACAAAGUGCCCCUGCCAAGCUACAAAACCAGUGGAACCAAAGCAUCCUAUCAGCUUGAGAAAAGGUUGAAGUACCUGAAGAUGCAGUGACAGUAACAAGAGCAAGGAAUGCUGAUCAAUAUAUAUAUAUAAAGCUCCUUUGCCUCCUCCCUCCUUGUUAACUACGUCUUUGUCAAUUUCCAUCAAACAUGAAUUGUUGCUUUUUAAAUAAAUGAAAUGAAGAAGGCUCCAACAGAUUAUCUUC